AUGAAUCCUUCCGGAAUACACGUUCAUUUUGAUCUCACACUUUUGUCGUAUUCUUUUGUAGAAAGGAGAGUCGAACCCGUUCGAAAGGCCGUUCCUAAAUCGAUAGGGAUCGGGGGAUACGAAUACUUGGAUGACGAAGAGCAGGCUAUGCUAAGACGGGCUCUCGCUCUUUCUUUGGAAAGGAACGACAACGACUCCGAGGACAGUUCGCAGCAGACCUUUUCUUUGGAAAGGAAAGACAACGACCCCGAGGGCGAAUCACAGCGGACUCUUUCGCUUUCUCUGGAAAGGAAAGAUAGUUACAUCAAUGACGUUCCACAGCAAACUCUUUCGCUUUCCUUAAGAAGAGGAAUUAACAAUCCUGAAGAAGUUGGGCCGAUACCACGUUUUAUGCCAUUUGGAGCACCGUUCUCUGAAUCUCCACAAACCACAUUUUAUCAUGAUUUAAAUAACAAAUCUGAACAAUGGGUGAAACAGCGACAAACUUUUAAUGAGAAGCGCUGUUUUCGCUACCUUUUGGAAGAUCUAUGCAGCUACCUUUAUUUCCUUAUAAAGGCUGCUUUCUUUUUAAUCCUCUUGAUGAUAUUGAUGUCCGUCAUAAUGGGUAUCAUUCAGUUUGUCAUGAUCUUUCGAUCUGACAUUAAUAAAGAAUUUGAAAUUAUAGCUUCUGAGAUCCAUCAUCAAGCGCAAAAAUGCACGAUAAAUUAUGUGACAAAUCGAUGCGCGCCCGAGACCAGAGCUCCGUUCUUGGAAGAGAAUUGCACUAAGUGGGAGAAAUGUAUGAAUCGAGACCCAUACAAUUCCAUAAAAACGACCGAAGUGCAUGAGCAAGUUCCUUUUUCACCUGUCACUCCUGAAGAACUUGCAAACUAUGGAGUUCUCUACUGGCGCAUCGAGGGAGAGAACAGUAUUGAGAAGAUAGAUGAAAUUGCAAAGGAAAGAAAUUAUAGCAGUCGCGAUGAACAAGUUGGAAACGUUCUUUCAAGAGUAGAGUCUCAUUUUCAGGAAUUAAACACCUUCAUGAAGAUGAAGAAAUUCGGUAUAUAUUGGAUGGAUCUGGCUUCUUUGACGUUCGCGGUAAAGUUGGAUAAUAAUCAACACGAUCAUUAUGGCAUCAAGUUUGAAUUCUAUUCAUUGAAUGACAUACAAACAACAGAUAGUCGUGAUCGCUGGAUUCGCAUUGAUGUAGAGAAAGGAGACAUGCUUAUUUUGCCGGCCGGUAUUUACCACCGUUUUGGUCUUGACGACAAAGAAUGCAUAAAAGCCAUGAGAUUGUUUAAGGAAAAGCCAAAAUGGACACCAAUCAAUCGUCCGGCCGACGAGAAUCCAUCCCGUUUAGAAUACUUGAAAAGUCUCAAGAGAGUGUAUUAA